CGCGGUGGCUGCCGGGGCUGGUAGUCCCUGGGGAGGGAGGGAAGAGCCAGGAAGGGCAGGGCGCUCCGGCCGGCCGGGCGGGCAGGGUGCGGAGCCAUGGACAAGCUGAAGCGGGUGCUGAGCGGCCGCGACGCCGAGGAGCCGAGCGGCCUGGCCGAGGUUAUCGAUGCCACUUCGUUAAGUUGGGGCACCCGAGUGAAAGGUUUCAUCGCGUGUUUUGCGAUCGGAUGCCUGUGCUCGAUCUUGGGUAGUUGUCUGCUAUGGAUACCAAAGAAAGGGCUGGUACUCUUUGCAGUGUUUUAUACCCUGGGGAAUAUUGCAUCUCUUGGGAGCACCAUGUUUCUCAUGGGGCCCAUGAAACAAUUGAAGCGGAUGUUUGAGCCUACACGUUUGAUCGCUACUAUUGUUAUGCUAUUGUGCCUCAUACUAACACUGUGUUCUGCUUUCUGGUGGCGUAAGGCAGGACUCGCGCUGCUUUUCUGCAUCUUACAGUUUUUUGCCAUGGCAUGGUACAGCAUUUCCUUCAUACCAUAUGCAAGGGAUGCUGUGAAGAAAUGUGUUUCAGUCUGUCUGUCCUAACAGGAAUACCGGAUGCCUCACAAAGUUCUAGGAAGUUCUUGGUAGAACUGUGUUGGGAUCACUGUGUUGUGUAGUUUCCUACUUCUGUCUUGAGCACGUGCCUUUCGUCUGCUUGUUAGAAGCUCCUUGUGUGACACCCAGCAUCUGCAGUUGCUUGGGUUUGUAAGCAAUGGUGUCUGUGGGACAGGGGGCUUGUGAUCAAAUGAAAUACAGUCUGGCAGAAGAACUGGGCACAGGUCCACAGUUUGGUGGUGAUUCCUGCAUAAACUCAUGCAUUUGGUUUUGCGAAGGUUUCAAAGUAAUGUGUGAAGUCUGUAAAGUGAAGACCUUGUCUCUGGUGGAACUGUGACAAUUCUAGAGCUGAAAACUGAUUUCUUACCAACAACUUGGGGUUUUUUUUAAAUAGCCUUAUGUCACUUAAUCUUUGCACUGUUUGCCUUGGAUAAUGAAAUAUUGGUAUUCUUUCUUUUCCUGUCUCUCUUGCAAAAUUUUAGGUUUAUGAGACUUCUAAAAGAUGUCAUUCUAAAGGCAAACGUGGUUGUGGACAAACCAUGAAAUGUUUGCAUCUUUAAUGAAGCAUUUAAUUCUCAGUCUAUAUUGAUAGUCUUUCCUUAAAAUAUAUGAAAGGGACAUUUUAAUCUGAAAAAAUCCUUUUUUCCUGUUGGAAAAGCACUCAUAAAAUAAGGUCCAUGGAUGUUUUCACUACCAGGAACCUGAAUUCUUUUCCUUGCUCAUGGUUGCAAGGUAGGAAACUGACAUUUUUCACAUGAAGUGAGGUGCUUCUCUUCUCCUCCAGCUGUAGCAUAAGAGCAAUGCAAAGGGCGUGGUAGGCAAGCAAUAAAAGAAUUUAUGUAUGUCCUUUCUCAAAGGACAAACUGCCAUAAGGUGGAAGUGGGCUAUUGUUUUUAAGCAGCCUGGGUCAGGGAGAAGACAUUUUCUUGUGUACUUGUAAAUAAGUUAACAUUUCUCUUUGUUUCUUGUAAGUGGAAUCAGUUUCUUUCUGCUAAAACUCUUGCACACACCAGAGGAGAAAGCACAAUAUCCUGUUGCCUGUGGUAGCAAGGAAAGCGUGAAACAAUCCCACUGCCAGCUCCAAACAAGUGCUGAGCAGUCUGUAUCCAAAUUCCAAGGCCACUCUGUGUUCUCUUCAUCUUCUGAGCUAUAUAUAAUCAGUUACUCCCACAGCAUUGCAGUGGUCAGUUUAAUAUCUCAGCACAGAUCCCUGCUUCUGCUGUGUGAGAUUGUGUUUAACUGCUUUCCCUUUUCCUUUUACCAAACUCUCUUGCUGGAGCCAGUGUUUAGAUGAUGGUUUUCCAGUGGACUCUAGUGGGAACUGAAGCAUCUCUUCCUCAAUCAAGAGUUUAGUUGCUUAAAAUCAUUGUGUUUGAAUAGCAAGUGUAUUCAUGACUUGUACCACAAAGAUUUCAAUGUAAGAAAAACCUAGAUCUACUUGGCUGUAAGGUAUAAGCUCAUGGGGAAGGCAAAUAGUUCUAUGGCUUCCAGAAAGUUAGUAAGAAAUCAGUUAAUCCAAAAUCUCAAAUUUAAGUGUCUUUCUGAUAAUUUAUAAAGCUCAGUACCACCUACCUGUAAGGAUCUUCUAAAAAAAAAUUUAAAGAUUCCCUUUUGCAGAUGGUAUGAAAGGGAGAUUUUGGCAAGCGUUUUGUGGGUUCCGGGUGGGCAGAAUUACUGUUGCAAAGGCAUUUGAAUGGAAAAUACCACCUUGGAAAGAUGGCACUGAUGUUGGGAUGAAUCAGUUAUGCAGAUUCAAGUGCUAUGUCCUCGUGCUUUUUUUAUCUCCCAGGAUUUAGAAGUUAGUGUUGAAAUAAAUAUGUUGGCUAUUACUCUUCUUGAAAAGAAGAUUUGGUUAAAUGCCCAAGAGAGACCAGGAAUUAAAGAAAGCUGAUCCUUCUUUUCCAUGGGUGUUCUAAGACAAGUGUCUAAACUGAUGUGUGUCUUUUUUUAUUGGGGAAUAAGUUCAAAACCUAAUUUGCAUCUGUCAAAGGACCUAUGCCAGUCUUUUCUUAGGACUUUGAUAAUGUUUACAGAAUUCCUUUGUAUAAGGGAAGUUGAAAUGCAAUCCUAAUGCCUUUCACAUUCCAAUAUUCCUUUAAUUUUAGCAUCUCUGAAUGUCCCUGGAAAAAGCUACAAGCACAGUAUCCAUUGUUUCUCCUUCCCCUCCCCAGCUAAGUUAUGUUAGCUCCAAUCAUCAUUCCAAGUUUGGCAGCCACAGUAGUGGAAUUUGACUCUUGGGAUUAUUUUUGUGAUUACUUCCCAUUAGGAGGAAUAAAAGCCUUUUGCUUAUUCCUUGGCUAGCUUGGGCAGGGUUCUGGUAGCCUGACUCCCUGGCAGUUCUUCUGGAUGAACAGUACAGUUGGGUGUGGUGAAUGUUGGUUUUUCAGUGUGCAGAGUAGCUAACUAGACCCUUUUAGCUGGCUCUUGUGAACACAGCCAAUUAGAAGUAGGAAAUUCAUGAAAAUAUCAGUAGGUAGAACAUAAAUAGGUUUUUGUCCUAUUUGUUGGUUUAGAACUGUAAUUCCAGCUUCACAGCCUUUUAUUCAGGAAGAGGGAAGAACAAAUCUUCAUUUGACUGUAGAGCACAUGAGGCUAAGCAAUUGUGCCCUUACAGGAAGGGAACCCAAGGGGAGAUGGCAAGGACUCAAGGAUCAAAAAGUGCCACUGGGGUUGAUGUUGCCCUUUGGUGUUGUAUUCUGUUCCUGGGGACAUCAGGCAGCAGGAGAGACUUGCCAUAUUCAUGCCAAUUUGUGAAACAUACUCAGGGUUUGUUGCUUCAUCUACAAGCAGUUGUGAUUUAACGUAGCUCCCCCAGAAUAAAACUCUUUAGAUUCUUACUCACUUUCAAGUAGUAGUAGUAGUAGUGAGGCUGUUGGCAAAUUUAACAGCAAAAGAAAUUUCCAUUUUACUGAAGUGCUUUAUUUUAUAUGAUUUUUAUAUGAUAACUGGGGAGUAAACUAUAUGAAUAUUUCCUCCUGAGUAGUUUUCAAUCUGAAUUAGAUUGUACCAUUAUACCCUUUUUCUUUCUUGGUCAUUAAACCUACUUUGUGUUAAAUUUUGACAUCAUCAGCUUUGGUUAUCUGCUUGGCAGCAGGCAUGGUGAGUACUUCUGAAGCUUUCCACCUCCCUGUCCUUGAGGGCAGGAAUGUUUGUUGUGUACACUCUACUGUGAGUUUGUGGUUGGAAUCACAAAGCUCCUUCCUUCCCAAAGCCUUUGCUCAGUUGCCUACAGCACCUAACUCAAGGCUGAUUUCUCUAAGGAAAUUUCUUUGAUGUUGGGUGCCCGUCUCAGUAGGAUUUGGUGUUUUAACAGAAAGUGCUUUUUGCUCAGCCUGUUGACCAAUUUGUCCACUCUUUUUCACUUUUUGCUGUACAGAUAACGUAACCUCAACCAAGCAGCCUUAGUGUACAGUUCUAGCAGGGAAUUUGUGUAUCCUGGAUCAGCUGACUUUCCAGCUACAUUAGAAAGGGAAAUAGGGAGGGUGGCAGUCAUGUGUUCCCAAAGUACUGAGACUCUGUACAUUUACAUAUGGGAUUUUUUUCACUACUUCAAGGUUUUGCUCCAUUUUAUAUAAUGAAGUCCGUUAUGAAUGCUGGUACUAUCUGAAAUGGUUCUACACUGAUGAUGUGAACAAUUUAAUCUCAUUUAGUAUUUACAGUAAUAAAAUUGUUCAUGCGCUGUUCAAGGAAGAAGUUUCUGCCACAAGAUGAAAUUCUUUUCAGAAACUAUGUUUUUAAAAGGAAAAUGCGUUGGGCUCUAUGUGUGCCUCCGACUUCCUGAGAACAGCUCUUGCUUCAUUUUGGUACUUAAUCAUGCUCAUGAAAGUGAGAUCACUGCUAUUGUAAACUGAGAAGGAGGAGGAUGUUUAAACACAAUUGUCUUAAAACCUGAUGUUUACAACCAUAGCAAAUACUGACCAUUUUGGAGGGAAAACACACAAAUGGUUUAUUGUCUUAAAACCACGUGCCUCGCUGUAGUGUGACCACUAAAUUUUUUACUGGCUGUGGAAUUGUUUUGUAAAAUAAAAACCAAACUCAGAAAUUCUCUGCAAUGUUUUAUACUGUUACUGAUUCUGUUUGCUGAUGUGUUUUUUCUGUGUAUUUACACCGUUUGAUUUCUACUUUGAUAAACAUCUUUUUUUCUGACUUACAACUUUCUCUGUAAUGAAGUGAAACCCUUACAAGUGCUGUUUAUUUCCUUCAAUAAAGUUACCACUGGAUUAAA